CAGUGUUUCUGUCCGGAAUCUCGUCGUGUUGCACAAAUGGACAAUAAUACGGAAGCAGGAAUCAGCUGACGCUGCUGAUCACGCUGUUGCCUUCUGACAGGAAAAAAAAUACAGCUUUUGUCAUGGAGGACCAAGAAAUGCAACUGAAAGUUAGAAGAGUGAGUGACAAAUUCACGGAGAGUAUGUAUGUUCUGGCUAACGAGCCGUCAGUGGCUCUCUACAGGCUGCAGGAGCACGUCAGGAGGUCCCUGCCUGAGCUGGUGCAACACAAGACAGACAUGCAGAGCUGGGAAGAACAGAGUCAGGGAGCCAUCUACACCGUAGAGUAUGCAUGCAGUGCCGUAAAAAGUAUGACAAACAGCAGCGUGUAUUUCAAAAACAUUGACGGCCUUCUUCGACAAGCCAUCACCAUGAAGGAACAGAUUAGUAACUUUCAUGGACGCAGACAAAAUGAUGUGACUUCAUCUCCCGAUCCCUCUGUACCUGCUCCACAAACCUCAUCUGCUUCCUCAUGAACACUGGACAGUAGUGUCCAAGGAAAAGGACCAUGGACCCAGGAAUGUUGAAGGAAGGGGGGGAAAGGCACAGCUCUGGGAUGUAAUGCGACUUCCUGAGUUGGCCUCUACAUUCUCUUGCACGUCCACCAUUUGGCUGUGGCUGAAGUGGGGUCAAGGAGAGACGACCAGCCAUCACAAUGAAGUGACCUCUCCACCACCACCCAUCUACUAAAGUACAAGCCGCUCUAUGGAGCGGGGUGCACCAGCACUGCUAGGUUCAGCAUUAGAAACAGUUAAGUCAUGGCUGCUCAAAGAAUGCAUUGUUCUCUGAAACGGGACGGCUGGAUUAGAGGAAAAGCAGCAGCACUGGUAUGCCUUUGCUGCUGAAAAUCCACUUUAACAACAUUGCUAUGAAUGCUAGUUUUCUUUUUUUUUAUAUAAAUCUUUAGCUACAGACUUCUAAGAAGUAUAAAAUUUGUCAAAUUUAGGAAUAGAUGCUUUAACAGUAAAUACUGGUAACUAAAGGAUGUCAAAAUGUGCUGCUAUCUUUGUUUUCUGUCUGUCGUUCUUACCUGCCAAAUAGACAGACACCCCCAGGCAGAAUAGUCCAACAGCCACAUGUCGUACAGCUCUGCUAUCCAGAAGGAACCAGUCUGCUCUGUUAAGAGAUCCCAUUUCAGCACCUAGUUUAAUGUUGACACUUCACUUUUAAAUUGCAUUGGUUAAUAAAAAUGAAACAUUA